AGCCUCCCUCACAGGAGAAUGGAAUUUUCCUGCCCCUGUCUGCGGCCCAGCCCAGCAUGGGGGGCUGGCUUCCGAAGAGUGGAAUGCUGGGAGGAUGGUCACGGUGACACUUCUGAAGCCAGGCUAAGAAAAGAUGAGAGGAGACGUCUCGCUUGGCUUGUGCUUCUGGAACACUCUGGAGAGCCAGUCUUCAGGCUGUGGAGGACGUCAGGAGUCCUCCACUGUGGCUCUGAAAUGGGUUCUUUCACUGAACCCGAAACUCUGUUUGGCCUAAGCCGGUGACCUGCGGGACCUAGCUACCUGUGUCCACCCCUUUCCCUCCCCCGCCCACCCAAGGACCUGAAUUAGAGAAACAGGCCAGUGCUGGGGGCGGGGGUGGGGCUACGGAGGCAGAGGCAUGAAGCAGCAGAGAUGGUACUGGAUGUCAGCGAAGACGGGCACAGUGCUGUCAGGGGUCUUUUCCAUCAUGGCCACCCACAUGCACCUCAUCUUCGAGAGGAAGCACCUCGGGGGCCCCAACUGCACAGAGGUCCUCCAGAGUCAGGGUACCAACAUAGUGAGGCAAUUCUUCAUCUGCUGGAGCUUCAGGAUCGUCGUCCUCCUGUCCAUCGUCACCAUGGCGGUCAGCUGCUUCCUCCUGUAUUCUGUGUACGCCCAGAUUUACGGGGGCCUCAUGAGCUACACCAUCUGGAUCUUCACCUACGAGUCCACCAACCUGGCCAUCCAGAUCCUCACCAAUGAGUUCUGCGUGGCUCUGGUCAGAGCCAUGCGCUGGUUUGGCUGGGUGACCCGUGCGUCCCUACACAGCUUCUGUCUGUAUUUUGUCGUCUCCCAUGCCCAAAUCAUCUACCAGAGCAAAAAACAGGGCAACAUACUCUCUUACCAUAGGCGGAUCUCUUUGGGAAGCAGGGACACAACACGGCGGAAAUCAAAGAUUCUCAAUUUUAUCCCCCAUUACAAUGAUUAAAGGUGGCCAUUUCCAACCCGGGAGGUCCUCAGGGGAGUCCUAGUCCCCCAGUUUUUUCGGGGGGGGGGGUGCUUUUGCUGUAUCUUCUUUAGCCUCCACCCCUACCUCUGUCCCCUGCUAUCGUCCAAAUAUGUCAAUAAAAUGAGAAAAACCAUUCUGUUGGUGAAUAUAAUUUUAA